UUAUGCAGGUAGCCAGUACUGAGAUCUCUAUCCAGUUCCAAAGUCCAACAUGGAAUCAGGAAGACUAGUCUCCCUUAGCAACUUGUCUGAAGAGUCUUCCCUACAUUUACGUGCGGCAAACUAGAUUAGUUCUACGAUACCUGCCUCUUCACUAUCUCUUUGUCUGUUUCGACCGCAAUGUCGACAAGCCUCCAGCACCCGUGCCACAAGCAUGCCUUGAUCCUUCGAGAGCUGAGUCAGAGUUGCAGAAUACGCUGCUAUCUCUGCAAUCUCUAUUUCCAUGGCCCUACCUAUUGUGGUAUCACAUUCAAUUGUGAAAGUUGUCAGUUUGACCUUCACCCAGAAUGUGCUCUUGAAACUCUUUCUGCCGUUGAAGCCGGCGCCGGCGCAGUUUCCACGAUUGAGCAUUUUGCCCAUGAUCAUCCCUUGACACUUUCUCACUUGAAGAAGAAGAUCAAAUUUGAUUGCCAUGUUUGCAAGCAACCUCCUGAGGGUCUAACAUAUUGCUGCCGAAUCUGCAAAGAGUUUGUGCUCCACAAGUCAUGUGCUGAGCUCCCAUCGGAGUUAGCACACAUAUUUCACCCGCAACAUCCGCUCGUUCUGCUCCCUGAAGCAUCAAGUAAUUACCUGUAUUGCAGUGUCUGUCAUAAAAGAUCAGAAGGCUUCACCUAUCACUGUGCUGAAUGCCACUUCUACUUGGAUAAGGAAUGUGCUUUGAAGAAGGCAACUGUGAAGCAUCAGCGCCAUGAGCAUAGCCUAGUUUAUUUUCAAAGAAGUACAACUGAGCACUUGCAAUGCAAUUCUUGUGGCAGGAGCUGUAAUGUUGACCUUUACCGCUGUCUGCUUUGCAACUAUAAUAUUCACUAUGAUUGCCUUCCUCUCCCACCGACCGUUCAACACGAAUGUCACCUGUACCAUCCAUUAGUGCUCUUUGAUAAGUUUGUCAGUGGGAGGCCUGAUGACCAGUGGUGCGACUAUUGUGAAGAGAUCAGGAAUCCAGACCAUGGCGUUUACCGUUGUGCGGAGUGCUGGUACACGGUUCACAUCGAAUGCGUGAUCCCCACUGUCGACUUAGAACCAAAUGGAAUGCAACCAACCGGAAACCAGCCUGCCCUCGACAAGCUGGAUUCGGAUAUUGCAAGUCUCAAGGAAACCAUAGAGGUAAUGGAGAAGAACCUGAAGGAAACACGGGAAAAACUUGAGGCACUUAAACUGAAGAGGCAGAUGGAGCUUUCGAAGGCUUGAGAAGUAGAAUCGCCUGUGGUUUUAGUAAUGGAGGUUUACGUCAACCCAGUUUCAUUGGUAAGCUUUGUACCAUAUGUUCCAAAUUAGACAUUGCUCCUUCAACGUGGUCAUAAACCACGGUGUUUGCAUCUGAAGUCAGCCAUAGCUUGCUUGCUGUUUAAGAAUGUGAUCGCACAUCAAAAUUUUAGUGAAGAACAUUAUGAGUGAGAGGAUUGAAGAAUUACUCCCCGUGUUCAAUGGAUGUUCCUGUAGAUACUUGUUAAUAUUUUCUUGUUGGUUCUGUUAAUCUCUGAAGGAAUUAGAUCGAUCGUUUCUUGCAACAAUAAAUUUCAGGUGUGGGAGUAUAGAUAAA